AUGGAAGACGAAAUCAAAACUGAAAAUCCUGAUGAUUCGUUUGGAAAUGAGGGGCAAAUCGAUUUAUUGGAUUAUGAAAGUACCUUAUUACUGGAUACCGUUAGUGAUGAUACACUUUUUAUAACAGCGAGGGGUUUGGGUAUGGAAAGGCUCUUCCUCAAUCAUUUGAUCAUGUACUCGGAUCAGAAACUUCUUUAUUUAGUUCUUAAUACAAAUACUCAUGAUGAGGCAUAUUUCAUAAACAAACUUAAAGAUACGGGUAUCACUUGUUCUCCUAAGAUUAUAACAGCUGAUGUAAAUGUUAAAGAUAGACAAGCUCUAUACUUGAGCGGAGGAAUUCAAUUCAUCACCUCAAGAAUUCUUUUGGUCGACUUUUUGACAAAGAAUGUUCCUGCUAUGAAUGUUGCGGGAAUUCUAGUGUAUAGAGCUCAUCAAUUACUUAAUAGCUUCCAAGAAACGUUUAUCCUUCGAUUGUAUCGUGAACAGAAGCGAGGAGGUUUUGUAAAGGGAUUCACUGAAACAUCCUCAGCUUUGUCUUCCAUAGGUCAAUUACAGAGAAUAGUGGAUCGGUUGUAUGUUAAGAAAGUAGUAAUUCUCCCAAGGUUCCAUGAACAAGUCCGGCAGGAGUUGGAUCAAGCCACGGUGGUAGAAUGGAACGUAGCACUUCCUUCUUCUUUGAGAAGAGUACAGAACGCUUUGCAUGAUUUAAUUAAAGUCUGCAUGAGAGAGUUAAAACAGUCUUCGUACAUAUCAAAAGUGAACCAAGACGAAAGCGAAAGUACAAUAGGUGUGUACGCUUAUGUUGUUACUUCACUGGAAAGACAACUAUUGGAAAAAAGGUCGUUCUUAACUGAAAAGCAAAGUCGAAUCCUUGCCGAUUUGGAACUACUCCGUGAGCUUCUUAGGCAUGCCGAAGAUUUAGACAUGGCAACCUUAUCAAAACGAUUGAAUGACAUCCGAGCUAGCAAAGAAUUCCUCGAGAAAAGUAAUGGCUGGAUUCUCUCUUCAAUAGCUAACCGAAUGUUCACGGAUGUUGGUACAAUGUGUGGAACCGAUGCGAAAACAUUCAUGGCUCCUCCUAAAUGGGAUGUCCUUAUCGAUAUUUUGAAGGAAAUAAAGAACAUGCAAAUCUCGUCUGAUCGUGUUGGAGAAGAAGGACCGUCUGUUGUGGUUUUCGCUUCUGAUGAUAUCGUUUGCCGUCAACUGAUGGAUGUUGUUAAACAUGGAAAAAAGUUUGCCGAAUGGGUGGUUUGCAAAGAACUUUUCAUAACGGAUCGGGAACCACCUAAAGAUCCUGUUUGGGAUCCAAAUAGUACAAGUAUGUAUCUCCGGACUAGUAUGAAUCGUGAAGACCGAGAACAUCUCAAGGACGAUGUUCGAAAAAAUCAGAUCGUAACCGCAAGAGCUGAGCGUAAAAAAAGAAAAGUAGCUGAAGACAUGAUCGGAAGUACAAGCUCUGGAAAGCAAACAAAUAUUGUUCAAUUCGGCAUCCUUCAAUAUAAGAAAAAGCGAACAGAGGUACGUGCCAGUUUUGGAUCAAAAUUUAUUCAUUAA